AUGGCGAGUGGCGAAAUAGUCAAAGGAGACCUCGAUGCCGAUGGCAGGGUGAUCUUGUACAUUAUCAAAGCUGACGCCACAUCGUAUAUCAACUACAUCAAACCGAUUAUCCUAGCCGAAGAGCUAAAAACUCCCUACGUCCAUUCCAUUAUCGAUACCAAGGACGAAUGGUUCUACAAAAUCCAUCCAGAGCGCUAUGUCCCGUCUCUUAAGGACAGCGAUCCGGAAACUGGACAGGAUGUGAUUGUUUUUGAAGGCACUGCCUGUCUCCAAUAUCUCGCGGACCGAUCUGAUAAUUAUGGAGAGUGGACAGGAAGAACAGCAGCCGAGAAGGGAGCUGUGCUUUCAUGGACGGCCUAUCAGACCGCUGGACUUGGGGCUACGGCAAAGUAUUGGCUCUACUUCUUGAAAGGGUACCCUAAUAGACAAGAGCCAGUUCAGCUUCCAAGGACAAUCGAGAAACUGCACCAGAAUACAACUAAGCAAUGGGAUAUCCUCAAUAAACGCCUUUCAGAACCGGGCCAGAGAUACAUCGCUUUGAAGGACCGUCCCACGUUAGCAGACUUGUCGUAUCUUCCCUUUGCCAUGCCUUGGAUGUUUAAUCUCUUCGGUUUAGACAUAAAAGAUUGGCCAGCUGCCUUCUUAUCCAGACUUCAUCAAGUCCGCGACGUUGGUGCCGGGAAACCCUUUCCCUCAAACAGAUACUGGUUCCCCAGUGGUCAAGGGGACGCAGCCAAGUUUCUACACGGCAAAGAAAACAGUGUUAAAUGGGAGUCAGAGUAUGGGCCCAUUUACCGUAUAUGGUCUGGUCCUAAUCCUGAAGUUGUUCUCACAAGACCUGAAGACGUCCAGCAGGUUUUCAAGGAUUCAGACAAACACAUCAAAGCGGUCAAUAAUAACUCUGGGUAUUUACUGGGGCAACUACUUGGAAAGUGUGUUGGCCUCGUGAGCCAGAAUGAAUGGAAACGGGUCAGAGAGGUCUCAGAAGUUGCAUUCAUACGAAGCGCGGUACCAAAAUACUUGGAGAUUAUACAGAAACGAACCGUGCGUCACUUUAAGACCCUUGAAGCCGGAGACAACCUAUCCAAUGAAAUCAUCGAUCCAGCAGCAGACUUGAAGAUGCUCCCUUUUUGGAUCAUUGCCGAUGUGCUUUAUGGACGCUUAUCAAGGGAAAUGGAAAACACUCUUGCUAAACUUGCACCUCUGCGCGAAGGGAUAUUUCGCAAGAUCAUAGAAGGCGGUCUGUCGAGAUUCAAAUGGUCACGACUUUUCCCGACCGAUACCAACAAGUCUCUCGAGUUAUUCAAAGAGCAGUGGAUUGAGUUUAAUCGGGCCGCCUUUGAUCGAGCUAUCCACAUUGGAUCUCGACCCCCGAUCGUGGACCUCUAUAAUGCUGUGACUUCAGGUGCAAUGACCCAGGAGCAUCUUUUGCACACUCUCGAUGAGACUCUUUUUGCCAACCUAGAUGUUACUUUGGGGGCUAUUUCUUGGAACCUCGUGUUUUUAGCCGCCUACCCUGAGCACCAACGGCGUAUACUUGAUGAAGCACAAGAACGGAGACAAAGCCCUAAGGGAGGAGAUUUCAACAGCUACUUCACUGACUCAACCACCUACCUAUCGGCAUGCAUACUAGAAUCAUCCCGGCUACGGCCCCUCGCAGCCUUUUCUGUUCCGCAGGCAAUUCCAACAGACCGUGUAAUUGAUGGUUUCCUCUUCCCCGCUGGCACCAACUUCAUUGUCGACGCAUAUGCUCUGAAUCAGCGGAACCAGUUCUGGGGAAAGGAUAGUCUUGAAUAUCGCCCAGAGCGUCAUCUAUCUCUAAGCCCAGUUAAAUCCAGGUAUAACUUUUGGAGGUUUGGCUUUGGGCCGCGACAGUGCAUGGGAAAGUACGUGGCAGAUAUGAUGUUGAGAGCAAUUCUCAUUUAUUUGCUACAGGGCUAUGAGUUGCAAUUUACUGAUGACCAAGCUGAAGAAUGGAAGAGGGAUCCCGAAACUUGGAUAAAUCACCCAGAAAUGAAGUUAAAAUGUAUACCCAGACAAAAGAGUUAG